AUGGCUCACCUCUUGCGCGGAAAGCAGGCUGGUGUCAGCAACGACCUCUCCCAAGGCCUAAGCCCUGAUCUGUUUGUGCUCGACCAUAUCCGCAACUAUGGCAUCAACUCCAAAGUCACCCAGGUCGCAUACGACCCCGUCCAGUCUCUCAUAGCCGUCGGCACCAGCGAGAGCAAGUUCGGCCCCGGCCAAAUCUAUGUCUUUGGCCAGAAGAGAGUUGAGGUUGUGCUGCCGCUGCCCACGCGCAGCGCCUCGGUCAAGAUCCUGCAGUUCUGCGCCGAGAAGUUGCUGUGUGUAGACUCCAAGAACGACUUGUCCGUCUUCUCGCUCGAGACCAAGAAGCUGCUCAAUGCCCAUUCUCCGCCCGCCAAAAUCACGGCCCUCCACUGCGACCCGACCAUCGACUAUGCGCUUCUGGGCACACAGCAGGGCGAUGUGUACGCCUAUGAUCUGGCCAGGGAGGCUCUUACACCUUUCAAAAUACCCAAUUUGUGGAGAGAGAAGUUUCCCCGCGCACGCCUCGUCUCCGUCGUCACUCUAUCGCUCCACCCGCGAGACAUCGGCUCCCUUCUGAUUGGAUACAACUCUGGCGCCGUCAUCUACUCGUUCAAGCAGAACAAGGCCUUACAUUUCUUCCACUACCUGGUUCCCAAGGGAGCUCCUGGAGGCGAUUCCGAUCCCGCUUCCAUCCACAUGGACCGCGAACCUCCCUUGACACAGGCUGUCUGGCAUCCCACUGGCACCUUUGUUCUGACUGGGCAUGAAGACAGUAGUGUUGUUAUAUGGGACUCCAAGGACGGCCGCGUUGUGCAGGCGAGGACAUUGACCGACACAAACGUGGACAAGCCAGGCCAAGGGAGCUUCAGUCCAGGUGCUGUCGACGGGUCAUAUGCGCUCAAGUCACCCAUCUUCAAGAUUGCUUGGUGUGCAAAUCAGGAUCCAGAUGACACCGCUAUACUUGUCGCUGGUGGACAGCCAUCCAAUAUCUCAGCCAAAAGUCUAACCUUAUUCGAGUUGGGCCGGACACCUGUUUAUGCUACCGCGUCCUGGCAAGUACUGUCGGAUCACUUCGAGAACCCCAAAAGGCAAAGAAUACUUCCAUGCCCGCCUGGAACUGAAGUGGUCGAUCUGUUUCUCAUUCCACGGACCUCCCCUCACUAUGCUGGCUGUCACGAUCCGAUUGCGAUUAUCGCUUUACUUGCUUCUGGAGAGUUGAUCACCUUAUCUUUCCCAAGCGGAAUGCCCAUCACACCCACUAACCAGCUGCAUCUCUCCAUGACACUUGUACAUCCAUACAUCAACUACGCGAACCUGGCACCGGUAGACCGCACACGAUGGCUCGGCAUGACUGAGAAGCGGCAACACGGUCCACAGUUUCUUGUCGGUGGUGCCGAGGCUGUACAUCCUCUCAAGCGAUUCGAACACCGCAACAUAGUACAGACAGCUCAUGCAGACGGCACAAUUAGAUUAUGGGAUGCAGGUCAUGCCGAUGAGAUUGAGAACGCUGCCUUGCUACAGGUAGACGUUGCUCGAGCAGUCGGCCGACCAGAGCAUGUCAACGUCACACACACCUCAUUCGCAGGUGCGGCAUCUGAAUUGUCUGUAGGACUGAAGAGCGGUGAAGUAGUUGUGUUCCGAUGGGGUGUCAACAAGCAUGUUGGGCAGGAAUACCCACCAGGUGAAAACAAAGCUCAAGGGCUCACAGAUAUCUCACAAAGGAGUGAAGCGGCUCUCAAAGAGGGACUUUUGCCUCUUACCUUGCUUGACGAGGGCAACGGACCAGUCACCGCCUUGAAACAUUCUGACGUUGGCUUCGUUGCUGCGGGCUUUGAAGGCGGCAGUUUGGCCAUCAUCGAUUUGCGAGGACCGGCAAUUAUCUACAGAGCAUCGAUACAAGAAUUCAUCAAACCAGACAAGCGCGCCAGCUUUCGACGGAGUUCAACUCAGGCGACUCCCAAAGCAGAGUGGCCGACCUCUAUUGAGUUCAGUGUAAUGACGCUCGAAGAUGAAGACUAUUCCAGCAUCUUGCUUCAUGUGGGCACCAACCUUGGCCACCUUGCAACCUUCAAGCUACUACCAGAAUCAAGUGGCCGAUACUCAGUGAAGUCUGUGGGCGUGUGCUCAUUAGACGACAAAGUCAUCAGCAUUUGUCCCAUGCAUGCCGAAACUGGUCGACCAGCUUAUGCUUCGCAGUCUGCCGUUGCUGGACUUCGAAAUGGUUCCAAGAUUGGUGGUGUGCUCCUAACCACAACAGCAUCGGGAGCGAGAUUAUUCCGCCCUGCCACCAGUAAGGGAGCGCACAAAACCUUUGACCAAUUCCUGUGCGAUGCGGCGACUGUGGUUAGAUAUGAGGACAAAGGAUAUGCGCUGCUUGGUUUGUAUGGUGAUGGGUGUGCGAGAGCUUAUUCACUACCUGCAUUGAAGGAGAUCGCGUCCAUCAAUCUCAGUGAGCUGCUAGACGUACGGCGCUUCUCCGAGGCAGUCAUCACAAGUACUGGUGACAUCUUCGGUUGGAAAGGUCCCGCAGAGAUGGCUCUAAUUAACGUUUUCGGGACAGGACUCCAAUACGAACGCGCUAAAGACAUCCUGCUCAACCCAGAGCUGUUGAUCCCGCCGCGACCGACUAUCAGCAAUAUCCAAUGGAUCUCCGGCACACAGUACGUCACACCAGCUGACAUGGAUCUACUCAUCGGUGGUCCUGAUCGACCUUUGUCGAAUCGUCAGAUGGCGCAACAACGCGCAGAGGCUGAGCAAGAACGCCGUCGCGCCAACCCGUCCGCUGCCAGUUCUUCUGCCGCAGGGUACCAGUCCUACCCCACUCAACCGGCGACCCCGACUCAAGAAGGCUGGGGUGCCUGGGCGAGUCGCCAGCUCAAUGAGCGCACGGAGAAACUCAACAUUGUCGGAGACAGCAUGGAUAAUCUUUCGCAGAACAGUGCAGGUUGGGCAAACGAUGUCAACAAGUUUGUUGGAAAGCAGAAGAGAGGGCUCGUCAUGGGCGCUAUGAAGAGCAAGUUUGGGUUUUGA